AUGGAUGAAGAAGACGAAUUUUUGUAUGGACCAAGCGAUGAUAAGAAGGAGUCAGAAGUGAAUAAGCAAGAAGAGAGUAACAAUCAUAACGUGAAUAUUUUAAAUACGGAGAAAGACAAUACUUCAGGCGAGGAAAGUUCUGAUGGCAAGAAUGAUAAGAAGCAGGAAAGUAGUUCUGAAAAGGAAGAACUUGAUAGUGAUAUGGAGAAAGAAAGAGAACACGAAACAGAUAUGUUAGAAGAUAGUAGUGACUCGGAUGUCGAAUUUGUGAUUGGACCUUUAGCAUCGACAGGUACAAACACAGAAACACCAGGGGUGGUAUCCAAGGAAACAGGAGAAGAAGGUGAAGAGAAUACAGAAGCAGGUAAGGACACCAAUGGCAAUAAUGCAAGCACAAAUAUACAUACAGUUCCAGUACUGAAAGAAACACACGGACUCGAUAUAAAUGAGGUGGGAAAAUAUGACGGAGUUCCGGUGACGGAGCUCACGCUAGAUGAAUUAAAAGAUAAGCCAUGGAGACAGCCGGGUGCGGAUUUGUCGGACUACUUUAAUUAUGGAUUUGAUGAGAUAUCAUGGCUCACUUACUGCAAGAAGCAAAACACGCUAAGGAAAGAUUUCAACCCGGCUAAAGUUAUGGCAGAGAUUAUGAGCAGUGGGGCAAUGGCGGGAAUGAUGCCGGGUCCAAUACCAGGGCCAAAUGGCAACAAUUCUGGAGGUCCACCUCCAUUUAUGAUGGGACCAAUGGGAAUGCCGCCAUUCAUGAAUGGAAUGCCAUCAGGAAUGCCAUCAGGAAUGCAGAUGCCCGGAAUGUAUGGCCAGAAUGGUGGAAAUGGUAACAACAACGGCAACACAAAUGCAAAUAAUGACAGGAUAAACUCUUCAGCCAUGAACAACAAUAGUAAUAGUAACAACAUGAUGAAUCAGAAUAAUAGUGGACGAUCGUCUCUUCCACACCUGCCGCGUCUUCCCUCGCGACCACCUGCCUCAUCGAAUUCUCCAGAACCUUCGAUGGGCAGGCAACAAGGUGGAAUGAGCAGCUCAAAUUACAGGGAGAGGUCCGAUAGAGCCUUGGAUAUGCGUAGUGGGCGAAAAUCCGGCCAAAACUACAGGGAUAGAAGCGGUAGAAGGCAUUGA